UUUGGUACAAAUUAAAUAACCAAAAAAACAAAAUCAACAAAUUAUGAUACAAAAAUGCCUUGAUCAAUUCAUUGUAGUCAAUAGUGUUCAUUCUUUCGUCAUUAUUUUGAUUUGUUUUUUGUUUGGUAUAAUAUUUCCUGUUUUUGUUCAUACUGACCAACAACGACAACAAAUACCAUCACCAUUAAUAUUAUCCAAUAAUAAUGAAUCACCAAUAUGGUAUCUAGAUGGUACAUCAUCUUCAUAUCUUCAAUUUCAAUCAUGGAAACAUUUUUUCUAUAGAAAAAAUAUUGAUCACAAUGUCGAAUCAUCGUCAUCGAAACUUGAUCAAGCAUCAAUUAGUUUCGAAUUUCGUUAUCAAUUAGAUCAAAGUACCUUAAGUCGUCCAUUAGGUGGAUUAUUAUUAUAUACCGAUGAUGAAACGGGAAUUGGUGGAAGAUUUUUAGAGAUCAAACUACUCUCCGAUUCCAAUUUACGUAUACGAAUCGAUGAUAAUUCUUUGGUUCGUACAAAGAAUAUAAUCGAAUUAAAACAAGAGAUCAAUUUCACUGAUGGUCAAUGGCAUCGUUUAGAGCUUAUUCAUCAUUAUCAAUUGUCGACAAUCGAAAACAAUAAUAAUAAUAAAGAUAAUUUUAUUGAAAAUGUAAUUAAUUAUGAUGAACACUUUGAAGCAAUUACAUUGAAAAUUGAUUCAGAAACGUAUCAUAAAAAAUUGGAACUAUCAACCACUGUUAUUGGUUAUGUUUUACAACCGAAAGAAUGUCAUCAUAAAGGCAAAUCAGUUUUUAUUGGUGGUUUACCGGAAGAAUAUCGAAAUCAAAAUUUAGCUCAUCUAGCAUUACCAACCGUUGCUUAUGAGCUUCAUUUUCGUGGUGCCAUACGUAAUGUAAAAUAUUCAUAUCGUUACAAAAAUGACGAUAAUGAUAAUGUUAAGCAGCAAUUACAAAGCUCAAAUGAUCAACCACAAUUGCCCGUUACUUAUUAUGGACUUUUUGCUGAAUUUUCCAAUUCUAAACAUGAUUUAGAAUGUGAUCCAAUACAAGAUCGUUGCAAACAUGGUGGAUAUUGUUAUACAACUAGAAAUGGUGUUUACUGUGAUUGUUCAAUCACAGAUUUUGAAGGAACAUAUUGCCAAAAUGAAAAACGAUUGGCCGAAACCACAUUCCAUGGAAAUCUGGGCGAAUAUUUGGGCUAUAAUUAUAUGGAUCUACCAAAUGCAUGGUCAUUAGUUAGCAUAAGAGAAUCAUUUGAACUUUCGUUUCGUACAAAAAUAGCCAAUGGCCUAUUAUUGUUGACCAGUGAUGAAUAUGAAGAUUAUUUGGCCAUCACAAUUCGUGAUGCAGGCCUAACGUUGACAAUGAAAUUGGGAUCAAAUGUACAUGAAAAAACAAUCAAACCAAGUAAAGUUCGUUUUGAUGACAAUCAAUGGCAUACAGUGUUAGUAUGGCGUCGUAUUCGUGAAAUAUCACCAUCAACAUAUUUUUGUCAUUUUUCGAUCAGUGUUGAUGGAAUCUAUACACAAUAUGGAUCGACAGCCAGUCCAAUAUCUUAUCUGAUUUCCAAAGUUUUCUAUGUUGGUGGUAUUGCUCAUAAUUCGGCAGUUGAAACAUCUAAUCCAAUUACAACUAGCAGUAAUUUUGUUGGAUGUUUACGAAAGAUUAUUUUGACAGCUGAUAAUGUUCGAUUAGAUUUAUUGGAAAUCUUACAAAAUGACAACUAUAAUUAUGAGAAGCCUGAUGGUAAAUCGAUCUCUAGAGAAUCAUCAUUGAAUUCUUUAAAAGAUUGGCAAUCGGAUGGCUUAAUUCGAUUGUAUGGUAAUCAUUCACAACAAUCAUCAUCGAUGAUCUGUGAAGAUGUUGAUGUUUCUGAUCCAAUAACAUUCACUACAUCUGAAUCGUAUCUGAAAUUAAAUGGAUGGAAUUCGCCCAAAGAAGGAACAUUGUCAUUGAAGAUACGUACAAAUGAAGCUAAUGGUGUAUUACUUUAUACGGAUGGAAAACCCGACAAAAAUGUUACAAGAGAUUAUUUUGCCCUUGAAUUGCUUGAUGGACAUGUAUAUCUAUUGAUAAAUUUAGGAUCAUCACCGAUCAAAGUCAAGGCCACAAAUAAACGUGUCGAUGAUGGACAUUGGCAUAUGAUAACUGUACGAAGAUCGGAACGAAGUGGUCAAGUUGUUGUUGAUGAAACAAUUAGUGAUUUUGUUUCACCGGGACAAUCUAAUCGUCUUGAUUUAAGUGAUUUAAUUUAUUUGGGUGGUAUACCACAUUUCGUUGGACAACGACAAACAUAUACACCACCAGAAUUAUGGUCAUCAUCUAUUGGUCAUGGUUAUAUUGGAUGUGUACGAGAUUUAUAUAUUAAUGAUCGUAUCAUUGAUAUAGCAACCCUUACAAAACGUCAAGAUUCUGGUAGCAUAAAACCAUCAUGUCAUUCACUUUCAUCACAAUGUAGCAAUUCUCCAUGCCAGAAUGGUGGACAAUGUAUGGAAGGAUGGAAUCGUUAUUAUUGUGAUUGCACUAAAACAUCCUACACUGGAUCAAUAUGCACCAAAAAUGCAGCCACAGUCAGUUUUAAUGGUGAACAAUAUAUGACUAUACUGUUGCCUGAAGAAAUGCAAACACAAGCUGAAUCAUUAUCAUUACGAUUUAGGACUAAUAAACCAAAUGGUUUAUUGUUGACCACUUCUCAUUCAUAUUUGGAUGAUCAUUUUAUGACAUUAUCAUUGGAAUCGGGUUCUAUACGAUUGGAUUUUAAUUAUGGUGACACACAAAUGGAACGUAUCGGAAUGGUUGACCAGAAACUUAAUGAUGAUCAAUGGCAUACAAUACAUUUGGAACGUCGUGGUCCAAAUCUGGAAAUCACUAUUGAUCAAACAACAAAACAAGUUGUUGAAUUAACUGGACAACAUUUUACGCUACAUAUUAGUGCCAUACAUAUUGGUGCACGUCUCAACAUACACAAAUCUCAUCAGAAAAAACAUUUUGCCGGUUUCAUUGGUCAGAUGCAAAAUUUUGUAUUCAAUAGUCAACAGUAUUUCGAAAAAAUACGCGAUGGUCAAUUACCAAAUGGAUCGAUUCGUAUCACAGCUAAACUAGGCAAAAAAGAUCGUGUUCUACACAAUGCAGUCACGUUCAAAUCAAAAUAUACAUUUGUCGGGCUACCACAAUUGAAAGCAUAUUCUCGUUUAAAUGUUUAUUUUCAAUUCAAGACGCGUGAACCAAAUGGUUUACUAUUAUUUAAUGGUGGUGGCCAAAAACAUGAUUUUAUUGCGGUCGAAAUGGUCAAUGGAAAUGUUCAUUAUAUUUUUGAUUUAGGUGAUGGCGCACGUCGAUUACAAUCAAAUAGUCGUACAUCAUUAAAUGAUAAUCGUUGGCAUACGGUUACGUUAGGCAGGCCAUCAUUACAUCAACAUACAAUGCUUAUCGAUGAUUCAUUAAUGACAAUCAGUACAUCCGGUAGUGAACGUAAUUUACAUCUAGAUCUUGAUGGUCUUCUCUAUGUUGGUGGUGUUCGCGAUAAUAUGUGGCAAUCAUUACCAAAAGUAAUCAAAUCAAAAAUCGGUUUCGAAGGUUGUAUCGCAUCAUUAGAUCUGAAUGGUGAAACUUACAAUCUGGUUGGUCGUGAAGUUUUGAUUCCUAGUACAUUGGUUGAAUCUGGAUGUUCGGCACCGAUAACACGAUGUAGUUCAACCGCUUGUGCUAAUCGUGGAAUUUGUGUUCAAUUAUGGAAUAGUUAUACUUGUGAUUGCGAUUUGACGACAUUUUCUGGACCAACUUGCGCAGAUGGUAAUGAAAGCACAGCAUAUCAAUUUGGUCCUAGUCCUGGUUUGAUUAGUUUUACAUUCGAUGAGAAUAAUAGACCAGAUACCCGGAAUGAUCUUUUGGCAUUAGGAUUUUUAACCAGUAAUAAAAACGGUGCAUUAGUACGAGUAGAUUCUGCUACUACUGCUGAUUAUUUUCAAUUGGAACUUGUCGAUGGAAAUGUUUUGGCUGUUUACAAUCUUGGCACUGAAGAUAUUGAUAUUGGUGAUCUGGGCAUCAAAGUUAAUGAUGGAAAAUAUCAUAUCGUUCGUUUUACACGUUCCGGACAGAAUUCAACAUUACAAAUUGAUAAUCAUAAUGUUAUAACUCGAUCACCAGCUGGAAAACAAUUGAAUAUUUUCAAUCGUCAUGCUUAUAUUCAAAUUGGUGGACAUAAAAAUAUUCUUCGUGGUGUGAUUGAAAAACCUUUUAUCGGUAUCAUUGCUGGUUUGGUUUUCAAUGGUCAUCGUCUUUUGGAUAUGGCAGCUGAAGAUGAUCCACGAAUCAAAACCGAAGGUGAUUUAGAGCUAAUGAUUUCGAUUGGAAAUCAACAAACAAUGGCUAUAACACCACCAACUUCAAACAAUGAUCACCUGAAUAAUCAAAUGCUAGCUGAGCCAAAAAGUCCGUAUGCAAAUGAUGAUUUGAUUUAUUCGAGUGCCGGUUCCGGUUGUUUCGAUGUUAAUGAAGAUGAGGAAUGUGCACAUAUUGCCAAUGAAGGAUCAGGUGAUGAACUCAUUACUCCAGUCUAUGUAUCUGUCAAUAGAUUUCGUCCAACUCCGUCCUCAACAUUUUCGAAUCGUAAUCGUGGUGGAAACGAUAAAGAUGUUUGGCGUCGCCCUUGCCAAAAUGAAGAUGAUGAUGAUUGUUUUGAAGGUUCAGGUGAAAGACCAUCGUCAUCUUACAAUAACAAUCGUCAAUAUAAUUAUUCAAGUUUUGAUUAUUACACUUCAACAUCUCGACCAUGGACCACAUGGAUUCCACCAACUAUUGCACCAAUUAAUCGUCCGCCAUAUUCACCAAAUCAACCAUCAUGGAAUUCUUACAAUACACCACCAACUUAUUAUCAUAAUUCAAAUGAUCCAUAUGGUAGUGGCGGUAAUAGCCACCAUCAACAACAAUAUCCAAUGAGACCAAAAACAACAGCACCAUCAUGGACAAAACCAGUCUAUUCGGUAAAUGGUCCAACACGUCCAAUUAUUACGCCAGCAAUUGAACCACAAGGACCACCCGAAAUUUAUGAUGUACCAUUGAAUAUACCAUUAGAUAUUAUUAAUCAAACAAUGGGACCAGAUGACCCACAACAAAUACCACCAGAGAUUUUGACACGUGCAAACUCUGAACGAACUGUGAUCAUUAUUAGUGCAAUCGCAAUAUUAUUAAUACUUGUAGUUGUCAUUGGUCCAAUUGUUUUAUUUCUAAAAGUUCGUUACAGUGCCAAUCAAGCGGCAUAUAAAAUUGAAACAUUUGGACCAAAAAUGUCAGCAACCAUGCCUUUACAUGGUUCAUCUUAUCAACCGUACAAUCCUGUUGUCCGUGCAACUUCUGUAAGUGGAAUUACCGGACAUGCAGCAAUGAUGGGAAUGCAACAAAUACCACCUGGUAUGAAUUCAUUGGGUAGAGUUAGUAUGUCAAGACCCGGAACAAGACCAGGAACACCAACACAAGAUUAUAGUGGAAGUGGUAUGAAGAAGAAAGAUCCACACGAGUGGUACGUUUAAUGUGUAAUACAACAUUUUCAUUUUCAUUAAGCAAUAAUAAUAAUGAUGAUAAAAUAUGAAUAUUACCCUAACUGAGAUUCAAGUACAAUCAUUUAUUACAAUCUUGAAAUAACAACAAACUAACAAAAUCAACCAAUCAAUCAACAAAUGCUGAACAAAUCUUCACUUUAAUGUGCCUCUCUUUUUCUCUUUGAAAAUCUUUCUUUGACAAAUUUCAUUCACUCAUCCACUGAUUAUCAUCAUCAUUAUCAUCAUCAUUUAACGAUAAACCCUUUUUUUCUUAUUAUUUAUACACGUUUGUUCUAUGGUCUGUCUAUCACUUGAUUUGAAUAAUUGUAAUGUGUAAAUAUCCCUCUAUAUUGUUUUGCAGUAAUUUGUUUUGAAUAAAAAUUGCUUUUUUUUUUAC